AUGUCAUCGCCGUCACUCGCCGAAACCUCAGAGCUUCUGAGAAAGUCUGGAAUCAACACGUACAUCAAAGAUUUCAAUGAGAGUAUGUUAGGAAUUGCUAAAAAGAAUCACCUUCUCCUCUGCGUCCCCUUUUCUGCACUCGAAAAGACCUCUGAACUAGAUAUACUGAAAGGAAUUGCGGAUGUUCUCAUGUCGACACUUUCGAAACUACUGCUUCCAGGUUCCGACAAUUCAACACGAAAACUUUCUGUCUUCUAUUUCUGCAAAGUGAAGUCGAACUAUGGAGAUACGUAUCAUCUUCAAGGGACAGUGAAACAAGACUAUUUAGAUUCCUCCGAGCCUCCACUUCUGGCGGCAUCGCAUUGUCACAUUCUGUUAUCAGACCGUUUCACGCCACUUCGCGAAAGUAUUCCGUCUGUUUAUCGGCCUGUGGACAUUCAACAAGUGCUCCAGUAUUUUGACGUUCCGGAACAUCUCGAUGAUGAAGAGAUGAUGAGAAUUGAAAGACCAACGCCACCAGUUCAUCUUCCCAAAAACACACCCACCGGUGUUCCGGCUACAUCCAUAUCUCGAGAUUUUGAUCCAUCUCCUGCUCCAACUUCAAACAAACUCUCGAAAAAACGUGCACAGACACCAGAAGAUGCUCCACGCACUGAAACCAAAAGACUCAAGUCUAAGGCUUCCCCAUUUUUCUGGUAUAAAAGUGAUGUAAGGGAUAUCAUCGGAACAAUAUUGAUUGCGAAAUACCGAUUCUACACUAAAACUGGGGUCGGAAAAACGUUCCUUGAAGAGAAAAAUACCCACGAUGCGAUUCGAUUGGCCAUUUCUGAUUCGACAGCAAUCGCUCAGACUGAGCAGGUUGGAUUAAUUUCCUGA